CUCAAGUAAAAUUACAUUAUAGAAAAAAAAAAAAAUGGAAUCCGAAGAAGAAGAAGAUCUUGACUGUCCUCUUUGUAUGGAGGAGUUUGAUAUUGCAGAUAGAAACUUUAAACCUUGUCCUUGUGGUUAUCAAAUUUGUCGAUUUUGCUGGCAUCACAUUAGAGAAAAUUUAAAUGGACGUUGCCCUGCUUGUCGUAGAGAAUAUUCUGAUGAAAUGGUUGAAUUUAAGCCUGUUAGCGCAGAUGAAUUACAACGUAUUCGGAAAGAAAAGAAAGAAAAGGAAAGACAGCAGAAGGAUAUGGAAUCAGCUAAUAGACGCCACUUAUCCAAUAUGCGCGUUGUUCAAAAAAAUUUGGUUUAUAUAAUCGGUCUUCAUCCUCGAUUAGCUACAGAAGAGAUUGUUCGCUCAAAUGAUUAUUUUGGACAAUUUGGAAAAAUCUCGAAAGUAGUAAUUAACAAACGACCUGCACUUCCUGCUUCGCAAAUGAAUUCACAACCUAGUGCUGCAGUCUACGUUACUUAUUAUAGAAAAGAAGAUGCUGCAAAGGCAAUUGCAGCUGUGGAUGGAAAUGUGAUAGCAGAUCGAGUGGUUAGAGCUUCUUAUGGUACCACAAAAUACUGUACAUAUUAUUUACGUAAUAUGACAUGUCCUAAUCCCAACUGUCUCUAUUUACACGAACAAGGUGAAGAUAUAGAUACAAUUUCAAAAGAAGAACUUGCAACUGGCAAGCAUCAUAUGCGAGACAUGUUAUCAAAUGAAGAUGAUCGAGUAAAGAAUGUGCAUGGUAGCAACUCUCCUCAAAUAAUUUCAAAACAACAACGUCCUCAAUUAACAAGUGAAGAUUUCCCUGCUGUAUCAGCAAGUAUUAAACCUAUAACCAAGACAAAUGAUGAUUCUGCAUUACCUGCUUCUGCUUCAUGGGCUAAAGUAGGAGGCACAAGCAGCACACCAUCUACACCAAUUAUGAGUGUUUCAGAUGCAUUUGGGCCCACAUUGUCUGCUGCUGUUGCUGCUACACAACAAAAGACUCAAUUUCCUCCUAUGCCAAAACGUAAAAGUGAAAAGAAGAAGCGAAAGGAACAACAACAACAACAACAACAACAACAACAACAGCAACAACAGCAACAACAGCAACAACAACAAAAGACUUUAUUGGAGUCUUCUUCAUCUACAACUGUGAAUGAAGAAGAUGAAACCAUUCAUGUAUCACAAAAAGAAGAAGCUUCAGCAAUACCAUCUUCUAUUUUUGAUCAGGGAUUAAGUGGAUUUGUUUUGGGUCAGGCUUAUAAGGAAGUAUGUUCAUUACCAUCAGAAAUAAUGGAUUCAAACAUCAAAGAAGAGGAGAACCAAGUUGCAGAAGAGAAUGAGUUGACAUUAGGCAUAUCUGCUUUAAAAUUAGAUGAUCCUAAUAUAACUACUGCCGAGCCUUCACCUGCACAAAGGAAUUUGGAAACUAUUCAAUCUGCAUCUACAUCAAAACUAAUCCCUUCCACUUUCCCUACUGUCACUGAUUUCCUGACUUACUCUACACCUACGCCAAAAUACAACGGCUUUUUCAAUCCAUUCUCUCAUAUGGCCAUAAUUGGUCAACAACAUCCUAAUAAUAAUGCUGCAAUGCUUUUAAAUAAUAAUGCUGAUACUUCUGUUCGUCGAUAUUCAAGAUUUGGAUUUGCUCAAGCAUAAAAAAAUAAAAAUAAAAAUAAAAAUAUAAGAAAUAGUCAAAAGAAAUGCGUAUACAUAUAAAUAUAAAUAUUCUUU